AUGGGAUUUUCUCUGUGGAACCUUUUCAAGGUCGGUCUCCUCCUUCUCAAUUCAGUACUAAUUUUGAAUCGAAAACGUUUUCUUGCAAAACACGGAUUGGAUGACAUUACAGUCAUGGGUGGAGGUAGUCCUCUGAGAACACAAGCAGUGGGGAUACUUCAUGCGGUGCAAUAUCUGAAGAUGCCUGUCAUUGCUGCGAAUUCAAUAACAAUCCUCUUUGAAAUAUUCUUUGGUGGGUGA